UGUCCCCGCAGGUGUACAAGGCCUACCAGACGGGCGGGUUCGUGCUGCUGCGGGUGCUGAUCCCCGCCUGGCUGGUGCACUACUACCUGAAGUACCACAUCAUGAAAAAGCCACAUGGAAUUGUCGUGUCAAAUCCACGGAUAUUCCCCGGGGACAGAAUUUUAGAGACUGGAGAAGUUCUUCCACCCCUGAAAGAAGACCCCCAUGAGCACCACUGA